AUGUUGGUGGCAAUCCACAUUCAGUCGUUCAGCGCUGUGGUCAAAAAGGUCCGCGAAGAAGAGAGACAAAACCUCGGGUCCGAUAUAAUCAGUGGUGCUCGCGCAUGGAUACAAAAUAAUAUUUUUUUCUGCACACCAGAUCCCAAGGAAGACAGCCUCUUUGGAGACGAGGUGCAGGACAGGGCCUUGCAGAUUAGAGAGGAGGAAAGAGCAAUCAUUCGAGCACACCUUGGUAAACGGGAAAAGAAGGUGCAGGUCUCAACAGCUGAAGACACGGCUGCGAAGGAAUACAGAAAGCUGGUGGCUCUGUUUGUUCCCUUCAUUCUCUUCUUUUCAUUGGGAAUUUGCUUCCUCUGUGACACCCCACUCGUUCACCGCGAAUUUAGGAAAUCUAUAGAGCAAAUUAUGCAGCCGUUCAGCACAACCGACCCCUUUAUGACCCGCGACGCCAAUGUUAAGGCUCCUCCCGUAUGGAUGGCGUCUCACUCGGAAUGCAACCCGACGCCCAAGUCUUUUCCUGCCAACCAGCCGGAAGGCGUAAAACGUUUUAUUCCAAUCACUAGUGUCAGAUCCAUCGCGGGUGUCUAUGAUUGGCUAGAGCAGGUUUUAGCUGGUCAAAUUUUGAACGCUGCCUACAAUUUGCCGUCGACGACAAACGCUAUUCCCCUCGCAAACCCAGGGGCGUUGCUGCUGUUGACACGAGUAAAUUUGGAGUGUCAAACGUUCGAAAAAUUGAAGGAGGUGUAUCCCGUCCGCCGUAAGCGAACAACCUUCCGCAAUUUGACCACUGACGCAUAUGGAGGGGGAAACUAUCGGCCUACACCUGAGCGCGUGUACAGAGUGCCAAUAUAUUUCUCCGGCGACGACCCUCCAACGACAUCCGUGAGCAAUGAAAACAGCUCUGGAACACGAAACCGCCGAAGGCUGUCUGCAGAGGCUGAAGCCCCUCAGCCCACGACUGCAAGACGCCUCUCCGUGGAUUCCUUAAUAGACAUCACGCAGGCUAGCGAUACGCACUGGACAGCGGCAGAUUUCCAAGAGAUAUAUGUGGGGCCCACGUCAAUGAGAACCAAAAUGGAGUAUCUGCGGUCUCAAGGCUUUCUAGACUGGCAGCUGGUAGAGUUGCAAGUUGUGUGGAUGAGCUACAAUGGAGACUCGAGCAUGUUUGUCCUCAACAAAGUCAACGUUAAAAUAAACGAAGGGGGCUUGAACACCAGCUUGAAAGUGACGGUUGUCCCGUCUUGGCAUGUUAAUCCUGUCGAGACGGGCGUGCGGCCUGAAGUGGUCUUCAUGCCAUUGGCUCUGGUCUGCUUGCUUGCUUAUCUCUGCAUGUCGUAUGUGUCGGUGCAAAAGCGGCGUUUGCACCCCAUGAACCUCAUCAUUCUUGACCUGCCACUGGCACUGUCUUUCGUUUGCUGUUGCUUUUUCUUGGUGUGCAUGUAUAAUGUUGCAUUUGACCCCGGCUGGGCUGAUGAGCUGAGCUCGCUGGCCGUAGCGGCUCCAGGAGCCAGCACAGGGCACAUACCGAAGUUUGUCCCAGGCCCUGUGCAGCCAUGGCAGUGGCUCCCAGGCAGCUUCAGCACUCCCACCCGAUCUGAGCCGUGUCCUUCUGCCGAGUCCCUCACUCGUUUCCUCCGCCUACAGGAGCACCUUGAGAUGAUUUCGCAUUACCUUUUCUUCUGCAAAAUAUGCACUGGCUUGCUGUUCAUAAUAGCCCUAAUUCGUUUUAUCACGAUGGUCCCCGCCAUACCGGAGAGAAUGCAAAGCUUGCGGAAGCUCCUGUCGCACCUUCACGCGGCCAAGAUACAAACGGCUUGCACUUUGUGCACACUUUUCAGCUCCUUCCUGUUAUUUGCUUUGAUUGGCUACUGCGUGUUGGGCGGCACCUAUAACGGCUUUUCGAGCUACGCAAACGCGGUUGUGUCUUGUGUGAUGCUGACACAAGCCAAGUGGAACUUCAACUCUGUGAUUACUAUAUCGCAGCAGGGCCGGAACAUCGGCUGGCUCUUCGAAUUCUUUUCCAUCGCAGUCUGCAUGCUUUUCUUUGGAUUCAUGAAUUACAUCGUCCUAUCCAUGAUAUACGUUCGCUACGAGUCACUGAAAGCUGAAGAGGUAACGGAGAUGCAGGCGGCGCUGGAGGCGAAAUAUGGCGUCGUGCCCCGAAAGCGCGUUCCUUUGAUGGUUAAUGAAACGGUAGUCCUUUACUUUAAGGCCUUCGUGAAGUGUCUUUCACUGCAACAAUGGGGUGUUCACCUUGACGAAGGACAGCAGGUGAAUACCCACUUUGGAAACCUGAAGGACGAGUUUUUUAUGUCUCUCAGGGACCUUCCACAGUUGACCAAAGAACCAAGAAGUACCCAGGCAAGCAACCUUCCCUUGUCAAAUAGUGACACUAAGUGA